GAAAAAAAAAGAAGCGCCGACGCGAAGCUCUGUUGGUGGUGCAGCCAGUCAGAACCGCUCUCGACUCUCGACAACCAUCACCCCACCGGUCUGUCCCAAGUCGCAUACCAAUCCCAUACCGCUACAACUGCAUUGGAGCUGCGCGGAGCAUUUACAAAGACGAGCGAGAACGAGGAUGGUUGCCAAGUCCAAACUGAAGCUCGCCCUGGCGGCGGAGAAGGGCGUCGACUUGCGCAAGAAGAAGGAGCAGCGCAGGAUCAAGGCGAUCCACAAGGAGAAGGAGAAGAGAAAUUCGACCAGCAAGGGCGUGCCCGCACCAGCGCCCGCCUCAGACGAUGACGAGGACGAGGACGAUGAGGAUUGGGAGGAUGAGGCAGAGGAGGGUUCGGACGACGACGAGGAUGAGGAAGAGGACGAGGUAAACCUGGGCAACUUGGAGGACAGCGACUCCGAGUCCGAGUCGGAGGUGGAGAUGGAGGAGAAGAUCAGCCGCCCCAAGGCAAAGGCACCGGCAGCAGCUGCACAGAAGACCAAUGCCGACGGGAAGAAGGCAAAGGCCGCAGCAAAAGCCGCAGCCGACGACGACGACGAUGACGACGAGGACGAGGAAGAGGAGGAAGAGGAUGGAGACAUCGCAAUGAGCGACCUGGAGGACCUGGACGAGGAGGAAAAGUCGGACCUGAUCCCGCACCAACGGCUGACCAUCAACAACACUACGGCGCUGCUGGCCUCGCUGGCGCGCAUCGCGCUGCCGACGGCGCCCGGGGCCGCGCCCUUCUCGUCGCACAUGUGCGUCGUCUCGGCCGGGCCCGCGACCGAGUCCGAGAUCCCCGACGUGGCCGACGACCUGGCGCGCGAGCUGGCGCUGUACAAGCAGUGCCUCGACGCCGCCCGCCGCGGCCGCGCCCUCCUGCGCGCCGAGGGCGUGCCCUUCUCCCGCCCGGUCGACUACUUCGCCGAGAUGGUCAAGCCCGACGAGCACAUGGAGAAGGUCAAGGCCAAGCUGGUCGAGGACGCCACGGCCAAGAAGGCGGCCGCCGAAGCCCGCAAGCUGCGCGACCUCAAGAAGUUUGGCAAGCAGGUCCAGGUUGCCAAGCUGCAGGAGCGCGCAAAGGCCAAGAAGGACACGCUCGAGAAGAUCCAGAGCUUGAAGCGAAAGCGUCAAGAAUCCUCCGCCGCCCUGCCGGAACGCGAGGCCGACCUGUUCGACGUGGGCGUCGACAACGAGCUCAAGCAGCACAAGAGCGCCGGCGCCGCAAACGGCAAGAAGGGGUCCGCGGCGGGCGACCGCGGCCGCGGCGAGCCCGGCCGCAAGCGCCAAAAGAAGAACGACAAGUACGGCUUCGGCGGCAAGAAGAAGUUCUCCAAGUCGGGCGACGCCAUCAGCUCGGGCGACCUCAGCGGCUUCAGCGCCAAGAAGAUGAAGGGCAAGUCGGCGCCCCGGCCAGGCAAGAGCAAACGCAUGGCCAGGGCGUCCAAGAGGUGAAGAGUGGGGAGGGCUGUAAGGCUGCAUGUUUUGGGUGGCAAAAGAAAAGCAAGUGUGAGAUCAAAGAGGUAUCUAGAUAUAUAGUCAGACAGUGUCAAGUCAGCCCUUGCCUCUGGUUAUCACCCUCUCAACGCUUCAAACCCAUCAUGAAGUGAUAACAGGUAGCAAAAAGGCUGAGCCGUGG